UUAGAAGAUAAGGUUGCUCACUACCUUCCCUCCUCCAAAAUCAUCUCCAACUCCUCCGAGCAACUGAGAGAGAGUGAUAACCAUGGCGACGAGCUCUCAUCUUCUUCCUCCUCAGGCAUUGCAUAUGAUACGGUCCCAGCCAUCGAAGAAACUAGGGUUUUCGCCGUUUCUAUCAUGCGCACCUUCGAUGAAUCCCAUUCUAUCGAUCUCAAGGCUUUCUCUCAGUCACUCCGUCUCGAAAUCUAGCUUCUCGCUCGAUACUAAGGCGAGACGAGAGGUUCUAGUUAGAGCAGAAGAUAACCCUGAAGCUGUUGAUGCUAACACUGCUACGGAGGAUAAUGUAGUAGAAGCUGAUGAAGCCAAAGCUCCAAGAAAGCCGAGAGUCAAGCUCGGAGAUGUUAUGGGGAUACUGAACCAGAAAGCAAUUGAGGUAUCAGAGAAAGUGAGACCUGUUCCUGAAAUCAGGACUGGAGAUAUCGUUGAGAUCAAACUGGAAGUUCCUGAGAACAGACGUAGGUUGUCUAUCUACAAAGGCAUUGUGAUGUCUAGACAGAACGCAGGCAUACACACUACCAUUCGUAUUCGCAGGAUUAUUGCUGGUAUCGGUGUUGAAAUCGUGUUUCCCUUAUACUCUCCCAACAUCAAAGAGAUAAAAGUGGUGAGUCACAGAAAAGUGAGAAGAGCAAGGCUUUACUACCUGAGGGACAAGCUUCCCCGUCUCUCCACUUUCAAGUGAACACCACCCCACUGUGCUGUGUUUGACCUACCAACCAAGGUAGUAAUCUUCCCUUGUGUUCUCUGUUCUUGUAAGAAUUGUUCUUUCCUGUUUUUCUUUUGUUUAAGCUUGUAAGUCAUGGCAUGCACAUUCUUCUGAGAAAGUAAAAUCAAGAUUAGUCGAGAUUCCGUUUGGCUGAAUGUAGACCUGGUCCUUGUUUGAUAAUGAAAUGAUAUACGACCCUUUUAGGACU